ACGUUGCUGCCAAGUGCUGUCUGAGUGUUCUUGUACAAAGACCCCUAUACUAUCAGUAUCCGCACUCCACUCCUUUCUCUAAGUUGACUUCGGCACCAAACGGACUUUAAUAUAAUAUCCUUAAAAGUAGAGGAUCUUUAUGAUAAACACGAACCUUCUCUUCUCCCGCCAUAUAUACACUUUAGCCCAACGAUUCCCUCCCAACACCACAUUCCCAAAAUGGCCCCCAACCUCCUCGCUUAUCUCCUCCUCCUCCUCCUCGCCGCCUCCGGCGGCGCCGGCGCGCGGCGCCACCCUUGGCCGCCGGAGGUGAACUCGACCGGCUCCGGCGAGCCUGUCUAUAUUUGGCCUCUGCCGAAGAGCUUCACCUCGGGGUCCCAGACGCUGACGGUCGAUCCCGACCUCGCGCUCGACCCGCAGGGCCCCGGCGGCGGCUCGGCUGCCGUUGCGGAGGCGUUCGAGAGGUACAGGGUGCUCGUGUUCGCGCCGUGGGCGCAUGCCGCGCGCGCAGCCUCGGGCGGGUACGACGUCGCCAGGCUCACCGUCGUCGUCGCCUCCGCCAACGAGACGUUGGAGCUGGGGGUGGACGAGAGCUACACGAUCUACGUGGCGGCGGCUGGCGGCGCCAAUUCGAUCGUGGGGGGAGCAACCAUAGAGGCAAACACAAUAUAUGGAGCUAUUCGUGGACUGGAGACAUUCAGUCAACUUUGCGUUUUCAACUACGAUACCAAAAAUGUUGAAGUGCGCCAUGCCCCAUGGUACAUUCAAGAUGAGCCCCGCUUUACCUUCCGUGGUUUGCUCCUAGACACCUCACGGCAUUACCUUCCGAUUGAUGUGAUUAAGCAAGUGGUUGACUCUAUGUCAUUUGCUAAGCUGAACGUUCUUCAUUGGCAUAUCAUCGAUGAGCAAUCCUUUCCGUUGGAGGUACCAUCAUAUCCAAAUCUAUGGAAAGGGUCAUACUCAAAAUGGGAGCGCUAUACCGUGGAAGAUGCACAUGAUAUUGUCGACUACGCUAAGAAAAGAGGUAUUAAUGUCAUGGCAGAAAUUGAUGUGCCUGGUCAUGCAGAAUCAUGGGGAAAUGGAUACCCAAAGCUCUGGCCUUCUCCCAAUUGUACAGAGCCAUUAGAUGUCUCUAGUAAUUUCACAUUUGAAGUAAUUUUUGGAAUUUUGUCUGAUAUGAGAAAAAUCUUUCCAUUCGGGCUGUUUCACUUGGGUGGUGAUGAAGUAUAUACAGGGUGCUGGAAUGCAACACCUCAUGUGAGGCAGUGGCUUGAUGAACGCAACAUGACUUCAAAAGAUGCUUACAAAUACUUCGUGCUAAAGGCCCAAGAGUUGGCAAUUAAGCUUAAUUGGAUUCCUGUGAAUUGGGAAGAAACUUUCAAUUCAUUCAAAGAAAACCUAAAUCCUCUAACAGUGGUGCACAACUGGCUGGGUCCUGGAGUCUGCCCUAAGGUUGUGGCAAAGGGUUUCAGAUGUAUAAUGAGUAAUCAAGGUGUUUGGUACCUUGAUCAUCUUGAUGUUCCCUGGGAAGAUUUCUAUACCAGCGAGCCACUGGCUGGUAUUAGUAACAAGGACCAGCAAAAGCUAGUACUCGGUGGGGAGGUUUGCAUGUGGGGCGAGACAGCAGACACGUCUGAUGUUCAACAAACAAUAUGGCCACGAGCGGCUUCUUUCGCAGAGCGUAUGUGGAGUCAAUUGGAGGCCAUAUCUGCCCAAGACUUAGAAACAACCGUCUUGUCUCGAUUACACUAUUUCAGAUGCUUGCUGAAUCACCGCGGAAUUGCUGCGGCUCCGGUCACAAACUCCUAUGCUCGGAGGCCUCCAAUAGGUCCAGGUUCAUGCUUUGUUCAGUGAAAAGGACCUUCAAAGUGAAGAUAUGCAUGAGGUGCUGUGCCUUCAUACGCCUGCCAUACUUUCAACAAAGAACGCUAUAUUGUCCCUUGUAAUCAUAUCUGUUUGUCAUUCACGAUAAGAAUCUAAUAAUCCAUCGCUGUGUAUUUCACUCUGAAACUCAAAUAAAACUGUGGUUUCAAUC